CCAGGCCAUCAUGGAGAUAAGCAGGAAGCAUUUUACAAGAAUCCAAGCAGGUGGACUACCCCUUUCCAUAGUCAGGUUAUGGUUACAUUUUUCAAAAGGCAAGCUGAAGAACAGACCGCUCCAGUGCGACUGCUAGAACGCUCAUUUCACAGUUGCCGACACUGCUUUAUUGAGGCUAUGAACAGAAAUCGGCAAUUAUCCGAUGAAGAUUUGGGAGUUUUCGAUGAAUUCUACGACUGGUGCAUGAGUUUUCCCACCAGCCAACUUGACCUUAUUGUCUAUCUUCGGUGUUCGCCCGAGGUCUGCGCUGAUCGGAUACGGAAGCGAGACCGCAAGGGUGAAAGUGCUAUCUCAAUGGAAUAUUUGAAACAACUGCACGACCUCCACGAGGAUUGGCUUUUGGGGAGCAAAAAAGACCGUGUCGGCGCCCCUGUAAUGGUAUUCGAUUGUGAUGAGCCACUGGAGAUUCUAAGAGACGUCUACUUCAAGCAUCGAAGACAGGUGCUUUGUGGUGUUCCCGUUUGA